UGACUUUGCUGCAGUAAGGAUAUAACGUGAAUCGUUUGUUGUGGUGCCUGUUUACGUUUACUUUUUUUCCCUCGAACGUGAUAUUUACAUUUUGGGAUUACCAGUUUACACAAUUAACCGUUCUAGAUGAUGAAACACGUGCAGCUUUCUCCAUUCAGGAGCAGAGCUGAUACGGUCUCGCUGAGCUCGACGACUUCUUAUGGAAGUUUAAGUCCAGAGCCACUAGGAAGCCGUUCCUCCAGCUACUCCUCCCUCAGUGAAUCCAACAUGCAGACUACAAUAAAAGUAUAUGCGAAAUGUCUUCGUCCAGACAUUGAAUACAAAACGCUGAGCAUUACAUUUCAAACAACAUGCAAAGAGGUUGUGUCCACUCUUCUUGGAAAGUACAAGAUGAAGCAUCGAGAUCCGAAAUUGUUUUAUCUCAGCAUGGAAGUUACGAUGCGUAAAGCCGGUGUCCGCACCCAUCUGCCUCUUGACGAAGAAGCGAGGCCAGCGGUCUUACAAAGUUGUCAUCCCAAAGGCGAUUCCAAAUUUUCUCUACAAACAAGACGCGGAGGACUAGUGAAAGUUUACGACUCUGCUCUCAAUAGCAACUCACAAUAUAAAAGUCUAUUGAUAAGUGCGAAAACAUCCGUUGAUGAUUUAAUUCACCUCCUUCUGAAUUGUUCGAGCAGCAAGGAACGCGUAGAACAAUUUUCUUUGUACGAGGUGAAUAACGAAAAAGAGCAACAACGAAAAUUGCACCCAGACGAUAGACCACUUCAAGUACAAGCUAUUUGGCUUCCAACUAACAAAUGCCACUUCUUGAUCCGCCGAAAUCCCGAUUACCUUCCAUUAUCCCGAAGAAAAUUCUACUGGCCUCCAGCCAUAUCCUCAUCAACUUCACCGACGAAAUCCACCCAACAGUCUGUGAACCUAUCUAAAUCACAAUCAUCCCUUUUAAGCAGCAAAAAAGAAGCAACGAAAACAACUACCAAAUCCAGUAUCCCGCCUACAAUCGCCGAAAACAGCAAAAGUAACAGCGGUCAAAGCCCUUCCUAUGCAGACUACGAAAACUACUUUUACAUUUAAACUUCCCCCCAAAUUAUUUCUAAAUGAGUGAAUCUAGUUCGUCUCUGGAGCAUUUUUUAUGAGACUCUUGACCAAAGAAAUUCGUCUGGAAUGAAUGCCUCCUCUUUCAAUAACACUCAGCUUCUCAGUUUUUUCUUGCAUUUCAAAUACGAUUUUAAUAAAUUCAGCGUACAAUACAGCACUUCGUAAAUUUGUAUAAAACCCAAAGAUUAGGUUAUUAGCACGUAAGGUUUUAUUUUAAAUGUAAUGUGACUUGUAUAU